GCAGGGAAAAAAAUCCGCAGGCUUUUAAAUUCUGAUUGGCGAGUCGAAUUUCGGUCUAUGACUCACGAUGUUUCUACUGAAUUUUGGCUUAAAUUUUCUGCCAUGUUUAUGCAGCCAAGACAGGUACUCUCAAUAGUCUGGCUUUUUAGUGUCUAAAACCAACAUAGCCUUUGAAGUGGUGAACAUGAUGGGGGUUUGAAUGGAAAAAAAAAGAUUUAAAGGGAAAUGAAAAAAAGAAGUGGGAUGUCGUACAGUUUCAUUGGCUACUGGUUGUCAGUGGCAGGAGUUGGAUGAUGCGAUCAAUGCGCAGGGCAAUAACAUAUAAGGUUGUAACCCAACUCUCGAUGGUUGGCAUGAUCCCUUUUAGUUUCUCGUUGGGCAUUAUGUUUUUGUUCCUUCUGGCUAUGCACUUGCACAGUUACGGUAACUGUAUCAAGAAUAUUAGGAUGAUCUGUAAUUGCUUACUGACAAGGAAGAAAAAAAAGAGUUUAAUUUUCUGGGGUUGAGAGGAAAGGGG